AUGUCGGCGCUCGAGUGGUACGCCCACAAGUCCUUGGGCGACGGCAUCUUCUGGAUUCAGGAACGCUUCUACGAGUCCGGCAACCGAGCCAACAUCUGGCUAGUGCGCGGUUCUGAGCUGGACGUGGUAAUCGACACGGGUCUGGGGCUGCGCAGUCUCCCCGAAUAUCUGUAUUCCUCAGGCCUCCUGCAGGACCGCAGAGCCAAGGAGGACGCGGAACACCGGCCGCUGCUGGCUGUGGCCACUCAUGUGCAUUUCGACCACUCUGGCGGCCUCUACCAGUUCGACCGGGUAGCUGUGCACCACGCUGAGGCCGAGGCUCUGGCUCGCGGGGACAACUUUGAGACGGUGACCUGGCUAUCCGACAGCGAGGUGGUGCGAACGCCCAGCCCUGGCUGGAGGGCCAGGCAGUUCCGAGUGCAAGCGGUGCAGCCCACCCUCAUCCUGCAGGAUGGGGAUGUGAUCAACCUUGGUGACAGACAGCUCACUGUUAUGCACAUGCCUGGACACUCCAGAGGCAGUAUUUGCUUACAUGACAAAGACCGAAAGAUUCUCUUCAGUGGAGAUGUCCUGUAUGAUGGAUCACUGAUUGACUGGCUUCCGUAUAGCAGGAUAAGUGACUAUGUUGGAACCUGUGAGCGGCUGAUAGAAUUAGUGGACAGAGGUUUGGUAGAGAAGGUGCUACCCGGGCACUUCAAUACCUUUGGUGCUGAGAGGCUUUUUCGAUUGGCUUCCAACUAUAUUUCUAAAGCUGGUAUAUGUCACAAAGUCUCUACUUUUGCUAUGCGAUCUCUUGCAAGUUUAGCUCUCCGUGUAGCAAACUCUAGGUCCUCACCCUAG